GCGUGUGGCUUCGUGAGUUGCCGCAGUCAUGGGGAACGCUGCGGGGAGCAUGGAGAUGCCCCUUGGGACAGAGCCCAGGAGCAUGAGGGCGAGCUUACCCCAGGCGGUCCCACAGAAGCAGCCCGCCCCCCCCAGGUCGCCCAUGCCCCCAGAGGACGAGCUGGAGCAGCGUUUCAAUGCGGUGCUGAACUCAAUGAACCUGCCACCAGACAAGGUGAAGCUCCUUUGCCAGUAUGACAAUGAAAAGAAGUGGGAACUCGUCUGCGACCAGGAACGUUUCCAGGUGAAGAACCCCCCCUCGACAUACCUGCUAAAACUGAAAAGCUACCUGGACCAAGGAGUCACUCGGAAGUUUAAAAGGCGGGCCCAGGAGUCCACCCAAGUCCUGAGGGAGCUGGAGAUUUCUCUGAGGACCAAUCACAUUGGCUGGGCCAAGGAGUUUCUCAAUGAAGAGAACAGAGGUCUGGAUGUGUUAGUGGAUUACCUGUCCUGCGCCCAGUCUGCUGUCACGCAUGACAUGGACAGUGCAGAUAAUGGGACUCUCCCAGGGGACAGAGGAGAAAAAAUGACAGAGGUGCUAUCCAAGAGUGCCAGCAGCUCCCCCACCCACAGUGCCCCCAGGGCCACGCGUACUCUGGCCGUCCGCUUCAACUCCCUGCACAGCAGGAGGACCCUGAGGAGCUCACGCAUCAUCGGCCAGAAGGAUGACGUCCAUGUCUGCAUCAUGUGCUUGCGUGCUAUAAUGAAUUAUCAGUCUGGCUUCAACCUGGUGAUGACCCACCCGCGGUGCGUCAACGAGAUCACACUCAGCCUCAACAACAGGAGUCCAAGGACGAAGGCUCUUGUGCUCGAGCUGCUGGCUGCGGUGUGCCUCGUGAGGGGGGGACAUGACAUCAUCCUCAGAGCCUUCGAUAACUUCAAAGAGGUAUGUGGUGAGAAGAACCGCUUCGAGAAGCUGAUGGAGUAUUUCACAAAUGAAGACAGCAACAUAGACUUCAUGGUUGCAUGUAUGCAGUUCAUCAACAUUGUUGUUCACUCAGUGGAGAACAUGAACUUCCGUGUGCACCUGCAGUAUGAGUUCACCAACCAUGGCUUAGAUGAGUACUUGGAGCAGAAGCUGAAGUUCACAGAGAGUGACAAGCUGCUGGUGCAGAUCCAGGCCUACCUGGACAACGUGUUUGACGUGGGAGCACUGCUGGAAGAUGCCGAGGCCAAGAACACUCUGCUGGAGCACAUGGAGGAACUUCAGGAUGUCAAUGCCCAGCUCAGCACCAAGAUGCAGAAGAGUGAGGUGGAGGCCAUGGAAAAAGUGGCAGAGCUGGAGAAGCAGCUCAUCCAGGCUACCAAGGAGGUAGAGAUGCUAAAGGAAAGUCUCCGUGAGUCGUGUGCGCAGGUUACAUUCCUGCAGCAACGUGAACGUGAGAGGGAGCUCGACCGGGAGAGGGAGAAGGACCGCGAAAGGGACCACAAACAAUCCUCCCAGAUCUCCUCAGAUCUGGAGAUGAAGGUCCAGGAGCUGCAGGACAAAGGGCUGAUCCGCUUGGAGCGCUCAGCCUCCGGAAAGCUGGCCAUCCACUUGGUGCCUGUCACCAUAACUCAGUCUGCUCCUGAGCCUGACUCUCACACUAGCCAGGCUCUGCCCACCACUGAAACAGACUCACCAGCACCCAUGAACCUGACUGACAGUCUAGCAGCCCCACCUCCUCCUCCUCCACCGCCUCCCCUUCCUGGAGCAGAAGGACUCCAUGUGCAGGGUCCUACUCCACCUCCUGCACCCCCCCUGCCGAACUCAAGCAUCCCACCUCCGCCCCCACCUCCACCUGGAUGUGGCCCUCCACCUCCGCCCCCUCCGGGUGGUCUUCCUAGCACUCCAGGAACUAAGUGUAAGAAGACCAUCCAAACUAAGUACCGCAUGCCUCUGCUAAACUGGCAGGCCCUCAAGCCCACCCAGGUGGCCGGCACCGUCUUCAACGAGCUGGAUGACGAGAAGGUGCUUGUGGAGCUGGACAUGUAUAUUUUUGAAGAGCAGUUUAAGACCAAGGCCCAGGGUUCCCCAAUGGAGCUGAGCACCCUGAAGAAGAAGGUGUCCCAGAAGGCUCCCAGCAAGGUGUCUCUCAUUGAGCCAAACCGGGCCAAGAACCUUGCCAUCACCCUGCGCAAAGGGGGCAUGAGCGCCGGGGAGAUCUGCACCGCCAUAGAAACGUACGACCAGCAGUCUCUGAGCCUGGACUUCCUGGAGCUGCUGGAGCGUUUUAUCCCGUCGGAGUACGAGAUGAAGCUGAUCCAGAACUAUGAGCGGGAGGGCCGGCCGCUGGAUGAGCUGUCGGAGGAGGACCGCUUCAUGAUGCAUUUUGGGAAGAUCACUCGGCUGGCCCAGCGCAUCAGCACCCUGACCUUCAUGGGCAACUUUGUGGAAAGCGUGCAGCUGCUGCAGCCGCAACUGAAUGCUAUCAUUGCCGCCUCAAUGGCUAUUAAAUCUUCUGCUAAACUGAAGAAAGUAUUGGAGAUCAUCUUGGCUUUUGGGAACUAUAUGAACAGCAGCAAGAGAGGAGCAGCCUAUGGCUUCCGGCUCCAGAGCCUGGACCUGCUUCUGGACACUAAAUCCACAGACCGCAGUCAGACGCUGCUGCACUUCAUCGUUAACAUCAUCCAGGAGAAGUACCCUGAGAUGCAGUCCUUCUACUCCGAGCUGCACUUUGUGGACAGGGCUGCUCUGGUAUCCCUGGAUAGCAUCCUUCAGGAUGUACGCUCUUUGGAGAGGGGCAUGGAGCUGACCCGCAAGGAGUUCAUGAUGCAGGACAACAGCCCAGUGCUCAAAGAGUUCCUGAAGAGCAACAGUGAGCUGCUAGAUAAGCUGGUGACAAACAGCAAGACUGCCCAGGAAGCCUUUGUGUCGGUGGUGGAGUAUUUUGGGGAAAACCCGAAGACCACACCCCCUUCCAUGUUCUUCCCCGUGUUCGUGCGUUUCAUCAAGGUGUAUAAGCAAACUCAGCAGGAAAAUGAACAACGCAAGAGGCAGGAAGUCCAAAGCAGCGAGGACCCCAAAGAGCCACCAGAAAACAAGGUGUCUGUGAUGCCUAAGAUGCCUCAAAUGGAUCUAAUAGCAGAGCUGAAGAAGAGGCAGAUGAACCCCCUGGUGCGGGAAGGCAAGGAUGGUGCAAUUGAGGACAUCAUCACAGACCUGAGGAGCCAGCCAUACAGACGGACAGACGGAGCACGGCGAAGUGGCAAGAAGAAACCCGGACAGCAGCUGCAGAUCUCCUCGGACAUCUCCCUGUAAGGGGCACAGGCUUGCCCACCUGCCCCCCUCCUGAAUCAGCCAAUCACGAGCAGAGUUUAUGUUCUCUCUUGCUGCUGUGGGCCACACCCCUAGCACUCUCCUGAGCCCACACAGCAAGUCUCAAUAUCAGUGACUGAUGCUGCAUCAUGUGGCUUUUAUUCGUUUUCCCCCACUACAAUCCGCUGAAGCGGCCCAUACAACAUCGGACUCUCCGUGAUGUGCCAGAACUCACUCCUUAAGUAGAGAGGGUACAAUUCACUGCUGGGAGGUCUGCACUUGAUUCAGCAGAAUAUCCACCGCUGGGCAUGACAUUCCAGUCAGACUCAGCUAUGCCCACAGACGUGAGAUAGCAUUUUUGGAAAUAAGCACCUGACAACAUUAACUCUAAUUAUAUCAGAAAUCAAACACACAGAUUACAUAUGCUACAUCCUCAAGCGACUGUGAAAGCGUGUAGCUUUCACACAUGCUUUACAGGACUAUAUGUAUAUCUUCUCAAAAACAUCUUCUUGGAUGUGUGUGUCUCAAAGACAUAGCAAUUUCUGGAGCUCAACCAUUUUUAAACCCAGUUAUCAGCCAUCAGGCAAGGAUUCUUUAGACGAAUGUUUCUUAAUACUGGUCCCAGGGACCUCAUUUGUGUUGCUUAUUAUGCAGCCAUGGUCUUAAUCAUGCUUGGGGAAGCUGUUUGGGAAUGAAGACACGGGUAUCAGAUUUGAUAGAUGAUAGCAGGAGCUUUAGGAGAAGCCACUUCUGGGCUGGAAAAAGUCAGAUAUCUUCUGAACAUAAUUUAAUUUCUUGUAUAUUUUUAAUAAAAGUGUUCAAAUUAAUGGUCCACCUAAUCAGUAUUUAGUUUGCUACAAUUAUUUAACCAUUAGGUAUUUAAUCUGUUAAUUAUUUUAUUGAGUAAUAACACCAAAAACUUAUUUUAUUGUAAAAAAAAAAAAUCGAUGACGACACAUUGUAACCCCAGGAAAAUCCAAAGUCCUGCAGAGACCUGCCCAUCUCACAAUUCAACAGCUCCAUUCAGUUAAGCUGCAUUGAUGAAGCAUUUAUUUGGAUCAACGAGAGCCUCUGGCACAUGACUGAGAAAGCCUCCUCUUUCUGACUCUUUGAAGCCAUUUUUUAUCUAUGCUGAUUAUUCUACACAUGGCAUCUAUCCAACUGUGAAUUAAAAAUUUCCAUGCAGUGUAAAAGAGACUGUGACACCUUUACAUUUGCAGUGCGAAGAAAAAAAGGACACGUUGUAUCAUAAGGGUUUAUAAUAUGAACAUAGUUAUUCUCAUUUUACAAUAUAUAGUCAUGUUUUAUUACAUAGACUUUGAAUUAAUAAAGUUUUUAUACUGUCAUGGAAUUUGA